CUAAAGCAAACCAGUCUUUAGCGCAGCUCGGUAUAGCAAACCCCAGAAGGGAAAACAUGCGAGAUUGUUAGUUCGCGAGGUGGGCCUAACUAUCGGUAACGCGGCUGGAACUCGGCUUCUUUUCUGUCGAGGGCCCCGUGCCCUCGGCCUGGAGGCGAAAUGGUAGUCACCGCACUUCAGUCGAUGGCACUGGUCACGUUCGGGCUGCACGCGGCGCUGUUCUGGGAUGAGGUUGCCUUCUCUCCGCCGUCGUGGGCCGUUCUCUCGGUGUGCUGCUGGUCCGGCUUCGUCCUGGCAAAGGGCGGCUGGUCGGCCCUCACCGCCAACGACGCGCGGCGCUUCGGCUUUGGCGUGCUGGCGGCGGUGGCGUUCCUGCAGUUCCUGCAAUGGGACGGCGAGUUCGAGGGCUGGUCCAGCGUGUACUACUUCUGCGGCAGCCGGCUUCAGUACUGCGGCUGCGGCUUCCGGUGGAACGGCGCGGGCUGGGCCAAGGCGUGCGUGCUGUGGGCGUUCGUGCUGAGCGCCGUGCUGGGGGCGCAGCAGCUGCUCAUCACGGCGGGGCUGGGCGGGCUGUUGCCCGGCGAGGAGGCGGUGACGCGCGAGUCUUUUGUGUCCAUCUGCUGGCGCCUCAUCCCCUACUGGCUCAACAACUGGGAGCAGCAGUGGGGGGCGGAGGUCUCCUCCAUGACGUUUGAGCUGCCGCACUUUGCCGUGGAGCUGCUCAUCAUACUGCCCUGCUGCCAGAUCAUCUGCAGCCGCCUCAAGGUGCUGGUCACGCCGCAGGUCAACGUGCUGCUACUGGGGCCGCACCCCCACCCCAACCCCCACCCCCAGCAGCAGGGGCAGGGGCAGGGGCAGCAGCAGGGGGUGGGGCAGCAGCAGCAGCAGCAGCAGCCGGGGGCGGUGGCGGGGGCGGGCGGAGAGGCAGGGGCCGGGCAGCGGGGUCAGGAGGAGCCGGCCGCAGGCGGCGCAGGUGGAGGGGGCGGCGGCGCUGAGGAGGUGCAGUUCGCUCGCGAGGACUUCGCGCCCAACGUCCUGCAGGGCUUCUGGGAGCGCAGCCCCGAGCAGCGCCACUUCCUGCCGCGAGUCAGGCGCAACCUGCGUGUGCUGGCCUUCCUGUCGGGCCUGACCGCGCUGGCUGCCUUCAACGCCACCGCCGUACCGCUGUACCUGGAGCGCCAGGCCACCGCGGCGGCGGCCACACCCGCAGUCAUGCUCAUUGGCUCCCGCGCCUCCACCUGGCUGGUGGCUCCGCCCGGCACCGUGGCCGCCACCAACGCCAGUGCCGCCGAGCUGGCGCUGCUGCCGGCCGUGCACGCCCGCCUCAACGCCUACUUCGGGCCGCGGCACAUGCCGGGGCAGCAGCAGGGGCAGGCGAACCCGGCACUGGCCGCCGCGCGCUUGCACGCCGCCGCAGCCGCCGCCUCUCUGCCGCCGCGGCAGCGGCAGCCGCAGGACCCCGGGCAGCAGCCGCAGACGGGGCAGCAGCAGCCGCAGCCGGGGACGCAGCAGCCGCACCUGCUGCCGCGGCUGUGGGCGGCGCGCCUGGAGCUGCUGGCGGCGGUGCUGGGCAUUCCGCCGGGGACGCUGCGAGCCGUCGUGGGUGGCGGGGGGGCGGGAGGAGGUGGGGGAGGGGGAGGCGGCACGGUGCAAAGCAGCGACCCUGGUGGGAGUGGGAGUGGGAGUGGGAGUGGGAGUGGAGGCGGCGGUAACAGCGGCGGUGAAGCGCUGUGGCAGGCGGUUGCCGCGCUGCAUGCGCUGCUGUGGGGCCGGGACGGGCCUGGAGGCUCCUCCUACGCCUCCUACCCUGGAGGCGGUGCCGGCGGCGCUAGCAGCAGUGGCGGCGGCGGCGGCGGCGGCAAGGGCUGUCCGAGCCUGGAGCCCUACGUGCGCAAUGUGGCCAAGCACGCGGCGGAGCUGGCCCGGAUGAAGGACCCGGAGCACCGCUCUCUGAUCCCGCUGGUGGAGGCGGCGCUGGCCAUCAUGCGGCUCAGCUGCGAGAAGUACUGGGUGCUGCUGGCCAUAUACCUGGCCUUCCUCAUAUUCAGGGACGCGCCCCGCCCCGCUCGGCUGCUCAUCCGCCUCAUCGCGCGCGUGUCCUCCGCCUUCCAGCGCGUCAUCCUGUUCGCCUUCCCCGCCGUGUGCUGGCUCUACAACGCCGGCCUGGUGUUCUCCUUGUUCGUGAGCGUGGUGUUCUGGGGCGGGCCCGCGCUGGCGGCCUAUGAGGCGGCGCGGGCCUGCCUGAGGGAGUGCAUCCUGUACCGCUUUCCUAAUGUUGUAGAGCAUAUUGUUAUAUGCGAUAUAUGAUAUGACACGCUACGGUGUCCAGAAUUGGGGCUGUUCUAGCUAUGAGUCUAGAACCUGCAAUGUGUCCAGAGAUGGGCCGCUGCAUGGAGUGCAGUACGCUCGGCGACA